AUUUUUUUUCUAUAAGUCAUACUUCAAAUCACCAAUAACAAAUAGCAAAUAUGGUUUUUCAAGAUUGAAAUGCCAAAUUUAGUUCUAUGAAGCAAAAAGAAAAAAAUUUUACUCAUCUAAAGUCAUGCCACGCUUGGUAGAAUAUAUUAUUGCUGUUGGGAUUAAAAGGCCAAAAGUAGAUUCAACUGAGUCACCAGAAUUGAUCAAGCGCUAUCCAAGGGAAGAUCACAAGGACUUCCCAUUACAUCCUGAUAUUGUUUUUUUUUGCCAGCCUGAAGGGUGCAGUACAUCAUCAAAAAAGAUAAGUUUACAUCAGAUAAAUACUUUUGUAUUUACACUAACAGAUAAAGAAACAAGUAUAACCAGAUUUGGUAUUUGCUGUAAUUUUUUUAGACCUUGUUUGGGUGUACCACAGAAUAAUAAAAAACAGGUAGAAUCACUUUCACUUGAAGGAGAUUUAACAGAAAAGAAAGAUUUUGUCAAUGAAGUUGACAAGAAAAGACAUUCAUUGAAUUCUUUGAAUAAAAAAUCAAGUUUAGCUUCAAAUUUAGUUUUAUGUUACUCACUUACAAGUGUUUGUAUAAUUUCCAGUUUUCCUUUCUUUUCAACUUUUCGCGAGUGCUUAUAUGUAUUAAGAAAACUAGUUGAGUCUCGUAAUAAUAACAAAAAAGAGAUAUUCGAUAAAUCUUCUAAUGAUUUAGUUGAUGAUAUAAACCAAAAUAUAAAUCAGUUAACAUUAAUUCAAUGUCGUAACUGGUCAUUGUUAUUUAAUAACCAAGAUUAUUUGAAUUCCCAAUCAAUUAACACUGAUAUACUGGAUGUUGAUUACUGGAUAAGAAAUUUGUUGAAAAUACCUUUGCCUGUAUCUGGUUUAAACAGAGUAGAAGUAGAGCUGUUGCCACGACAUAUUCAACCACCUUUAACAUUUGCUUUACCUGAAAGUAGCCGCUUUUCUUUUUCUGAUUAUCCAGUACAUUUACCAUUAGAACUCCUCGGCGUUGAAACAUGUUUAAAAAUUUUAACUUGUAUUAUGUUGGAACAUAAGGUUGUAUUACAAUCUCGUGAUUAUAAUGCGUUGUCAAUAAGUGUCAUGUCUUUGACAACAAUGUUGUAUCCUUUAGAGUAUAUGUUUCCUAUCAUUCCGUUACUACCUACUUGCAUGAAAAAUGCUGAGCAGCUUUUAUUGGCACCUUCACCAUUUGUUAUUGGAAUACCUUCAAGUUUCUUCCGAAUAAAAGGAAUGAGUUUUCAAGUACCUAAUGAUAUAUUAAUAGUAGAUUUGGACACAAACAAGAUGAGCGUUCCAUUGAGCAUGGAUGAAAUACCAUCUCUUCCUGAACCUGAAGGUACAAUACUAAAAGAUGAACUUAACCAGAUCCUAACUUUGAUGAACUACCUGAUAAUAUUAAAAAUGGUGAUCAUGACUUAGAUGAGCAUAAUGCUUGUAGUUGUUGUUCUUCGUUUGAAGAUUCCGAUAGCGAGGUUAUAGAUGUUUUUGGUAGUGAAGAUAACGCAUGUGAUGAAGCUUCUUUAAAUAGUAAUUUAAAUCAUAUUAAUAGCAAGAUUCAAGAAUUGUAUGAUACCUCUUAUUCAAAUGUUUUGACUGAACAGGAUGCAGAGGAAAUUAAAGAAAGAAUUAACACUAAUAGCGUGUUCUUAACUCCUGUGUACAGAGCUGAAGGAAAAGGUAAUAUCUAUACUGCUGAAUUGACAAAAAAUAAAGAUCAUUUACCAGAGUCUUUAAUAGUACCUAGAGCUAACAGCUUUGCAGCAUUUACAAGCAAUGAUAAAAAAUCAAUUGAGUUGGUAGGAAAAAUGGCUAUUGGUCGAUCAUUUAGUGCAGUCCUUGGAAGUUUAAAAUCAAAGUCAAGUCCGAAAUCAUCAGUUAGUGAGUCAAGUGUUGUAACAGCAUCAAGUAUGAAUUCUAGUCUAAAAGGAAAACCAGUCAAACUUUUUUCCCCGAGGAACUUAGAAGGAAGAAGAGAAUCUGAUAUAUCUGAGUCCAUAAAGAUUAUUGAGCCAAAUGACCAGAAGAUUUAUAGCAGUGAUAAUCAACAAUUUUUAACUGAAGUAGCGGGUUAUGUCAAGUCUGGAGAUGGUGUUGGUUGGCUGAGUACAAAAAGGUUAAGACGUAUUCUUGUUCAUGAGGGACUUCGUCAAUAUCUAAUAAAUCAACUUGAUCUUGAUGUUAAAGAUAAACAAGUUAUUUUAAAUGAUGUUCAUAUCUCUCGUAAUGUCUAUCGCGGCUAUUUAGAAUUGUUAAAGUUGAUUGUGGAAGGUUAUGAAAAUAGCAUGAUAAAGUGCGGUUUAGGUGGGCUUAGCUCUGUCUUUCAUUUUCUUGAAAUAGCACAUCGAUACUAUUGUGGUAAGCGCUAUCAUGAUGAUUCAACUCUAACUGAUGAACCUUCUACAACUGGAAAAAAAUCUGAAGGGUUGAGCAAUGGGAUUUUAAAAGACUCUGAAGACCACGAUAGUGAUCGUAGUCAGCAUUAUCAUAGAGAUCUUUCCUUUUUUUCUAAACCCAAAAUCAACAUUGAAAAAAAUAAUAACAAAAAAACUUCAUUACAAAAUCAUGGAUCUUUAACUCAGAAUGAUGGAUCUGAAACUCAGAAUGGUGCAUCUGAAACUCAGAAUGGUGCAUCUGAAACUCAGAAUGGUGCAUCUGAAACUCAGAAUGGUGCAUCUGAAACUCAGAAUGGUGCAUCUGAAACUCAGAAUUGUCAGAUUCAAAUCAAUUCUAUUCCGAUUGCAAAUGGGCUAAAAAAAAUUCAAUCCAAGUAUUUGGUGACCAAAAGUAAUACAAGUGGCGGUUUUCGAUAUAACUCUGGUGUAUGCGAGAAAUCUACUUUUGAAUUGGCUGGUAGAGGUGUAAAUGGGACAGGAAGACGCUAUUUAUUUGAAGGUUUAAAUCAUAAUCGGGCUACCAUCUUAUGGGAUAACAUGGAUUUUUGGGAAUAUUCAUUCCUAGAUUCAGUAGCAUCAGAACGUGAGGCAGCUGGUAUGGAUGUUAAUCAUCUAGAGUUGAUAAAUAGAUAUAAAUCAUUAAGUCCACAAGAAAAACACCUUCUAGAAGAAGAUGAAGAUAAUUUGCUUGCAGUUUUGCUGCACAAUAUGAUAGCUUUUAUGUUAUGUAUGGAUGUUUCGAAAAAGGAAAUUAAACGUAAAAUCCGACGCCUUCUUGGAAAGUCUCAUAUAGGUUUGUCUCAAACUCAUUGGAUAGACAAUCUCCUUGAUGAUAUAGAUAAACUGGAAGGAAAUGACAUUGACUUAAUGAUCCCUAAGAGUAGGUUACUGAAAAUACAAAUAUUUGUUGUUCACUUAGGAGAUAAUCAAAGUGGAACUAUGAUUUUCCUUGAGGUUCGCGAAGACAGCAUAGUAUUAAAAAGCACAAAUGGAAAUAUUGUUGAGCACUGGUGGUAUGAAAGUGUUGUUAAUAUGAGUUGCUCACCAAGAACAAAAGUUGUUUGUAUAUGGAUACGUGCUGAGGAAGAAACUGCUUUGCAUAAAAUUUGCACUAGAAAGUGUAAAAAGUUGUACAACUCAAUUAAAGAAAGUAUGCAAAAAGCAGCAGAUCGAUUAAAUAUUCGAGGAGUUGGUGUUAAUCUUGGUGGGAACUUUACAGUAGUGGACAAUGCCACUGGACAGCAGGGAAAAUUGAAAGUUUCUUUGGAAGGAGUGGACAUCAUUUUUGUGGACAAAAAGGUUUCCAUUGAAAUCUCAAAUUUAAAGAAUUGUUGUGCAAAAGAUAAGCUUCUAAAAGUGGAAGAAUUUCUUCCACUUGACCAGACCAUUCAUGAACAUAAGUUUUUUACUGCGCAGGCCAAUGAAAUCUGUUACGCAAUUCUCUGUUUGUUUUCGUAUGUUGCUGCUUCUAAACAUGCAUUAACUUCGGCCACCGGAAGUUUGGCGUCAGACAAUUAACCAAUAUCUUCGAGAAAACCUUUUUGAUUUGAUGUAUCUGUUUAGCGCACUUGUUGCCGUUAAUUUUAUUUAUUCCCUACAGAAAUGCCUUUAAAAGCUGAUUGGAAAUCCCAUGUGACGCUUUUUACAAUUAUUCAUUAGUUUUGUGUGCUCUUUAGGUCAGUCAUGACUGCUUAUUGUAUUGUUGGGCUACGUCACUAAUAAGUUGUGCAAAAGUUGGUUGUGUUUUUGAAAAGAAAGUUUUAAAGAAUAACGCUUUAGGAGCUUCCAAACCGAAACUUUUUUAACAUUAAAAACGUCUAUUAGUAUUACUAUUUCUUUUAAAUUGGUGGGCGACGUCACAAGUAAGUUGGCGCCUAGUUUUGCCUCAUUAAUUUUCUAAAAUUGUAAAAUAUGUUUUAUACUUUAUUUUUUAAAGCUUUUAUUGUUCUUAAAUAUAUUUUUUGCUUUUUUUUUUUUAAAGUAUAUAUUUUUUUCAUUUUUAGAAGUUUAAUUUUAUUUUCAUCUUCGUUACUUUUUUUUUUUUUUUUUUUUUACAGAUGUAACCGGUUGGUUUUUUUACAGAUGUAACCGGUGGUAUUCUAAUAAAUUGUUAUAUAAUAUGAUUUUAUAUAAAAAAAUUUAAAAUAAUGUAUAUAUUUACAAA